AUGGCGUUGGCAUACGUGGACAUGUCAACCGUUAUGGAAGCGCAGGAGCGGCUUACUAGUCAUGGAGGCAUAGGACUGUCGAGCGGAAGUCCUGCUUACACAACGCACGCCGGCGGGCACACGGGGCGCAACGGGCCAGCGAGUGGCCACGGCGCCAGUCACGGCGGUUCACACGGGCCCGGCCCAACGAUGCAUCACCAGACGCUGCAGACGGAGUUCCAGCCGCCCUACUUCCCGCCACCGUUCCACAGCGCCCAAAGUCCACCCCAGCAGCAGAACCAUGGCCUGGAUUAUCUGAGCACGGAUCCGUACGGGCAGCAGCUCUCCUCGCUGCACCACGCACCCUUGCAUCACUACAACCAGCUGGCGGGGCUCAGACCGUCCCAGGAGCAGCUAGGACUCCACCGAUCUCACCGCGAAUCCGAGCUCCAGCAUCAUGUGACGCAACUGUCGCACGGCUUCCCGUACCCCGACCGGCGCAGCGACUACAGCGGGUCGAUCGGUUCCGGGGCCGGUGCAACGCGGCUCGGUGCCCACGAACAUGACCCACUGGCCCUGCACCAGGCCCUGCAGAGUGCCGUCGACGAUGGUCAAAACCCGGUGAUAGACGAAAACGCUGGCUUCAUGAGCGAUCUGCCGAUGCUGAAAAACUUCCCCAUCACCGACAUCAAGAAGGACAGCAGCCAAAUCAACAUCGGUUCACCGAGCGACGUGUUCUGUUCCGUUCCCGGGCGACUCAGUCUCCUGUCGAGCACCUCAAAAUACAAAGUGACGGUGGCGGAAGUGCAGCGCCGGCUGUCGCCGCCCGAGUGUCUCAACGCGUCGCUCCUCGGUGGUGUCUUGAGACGGGCGAAGAGUAAAAACGGCGGUCGGCUGCUGAGGGAAAAGUUGGAAAAGAUCGGCCUCAACCUGCCGGCCGGGCGGCGCAAGGCGGCGAACGUAACGCUGCUGACGUCGCUGGUCGAGGGCGAAGCGAUCCAUCUGGCCCGCGACUUUGGGUACGUGUGCGAAACCGAGUUCCCGGCGCGCCAGGUUGCCGAAUAUCUGUCCCGCCAGUACUCGGAACCGCAGGAGUCGUACCGGAGGAAGGAGCUGCUGCUCAACACCAAGCAGGUCACCAAGGAACUGAUGGACUUGCUGAACCAAGACCGAUCACCGCUCUGCAAUACCAGACCGCAGCACAUCCUGGACCCAUCGAUACAGCGACACCUGACGCACUUUUCGCUGAUCUCGCACGGGUUCGGGUCGCCGGCCAUCGUUGCCGCCCUGACUGCAAUUCAGAACUAUCUGAACGAGUCCAUCAAGCACCUGGACAAGAUGUACCCUGGCAACGGUGGCAGCAUGGUCACGUCGUCGCUAGACAAGAACAAAAUGGACAGCGACAAGAAAUGA